GUAAGGGUACUUUUGGGAAUGUUUAAAAAUACUUUAAAUUACUUUAUCUAAUCAAGUUCACAUCCAUCAAUUCCAAGGAAUAUUGAGAUAAUUGUGUAAUAAUUUAAUCAUAAUUUUCAGGUUACAUAACAAAAGUGAUCAUACCUUGAACAAAAAUCUAAGACAAAACUUAAUAAGCUAAUUUUAAUGUCUAAUAUUAAUUCAGUAGUUUCAAAGUGAAUUAUAAACAUAAAGUGUUACUCUGUUCAUAAAGUAUCAAGUCGAAAAGUAGUGAAAAAUGUCUGGAAACGAGGAAAAAAUGGAAAAACCAUGCUGCAGCAAAUCAAUUCAAGAAAAUGACAAUAAAGAUAUUAAAAUCGCUGAGAAAAAGUACAAACCAGAGUCUAAGAACGGUAAAAAGUUCCAUGAAAAAAAAGACACAUUAAGUGUACAAAUGGGUCAAUGCCAACGGCUGCUUAAUAGUCUGCGUAAAGCAAAAGAUCAUUCUGAAUAUGCACAAUAUUUCUACUAUCCAGUUGAUCCAAUUGCAUAUCAAUGCCUUAAUUAUUAUGAUGUAAUUAAGAAUCCAAUGGAUCUGAGUACAAUGAAUAUAAAGAUGGAAAAAGGCGAAUACAAAACACCAGAGGAUUUUGAGGCUGAUAUUCGACUGAUAAUUGAUAAUUGUUUAACUUACAACGGAUCACAACAUGAAAUUGUUCCUUAUGUCAAUAAAUUUAAAGAGGCUUUUGAAGCUCGAUUCCAAAAGAUUAUGAAUCCGAAACCCCGCACAAGUAACAUUGCACCACCAGAACAAGAGAUCGCAUAUCGAAAGUCAAGUCGUUCCUUCAUAUUCGUACCAGAUGAUGAAGAUAUUCUUGUUAGAGAAAUCGCUAAAACACAAAAAUAUCUUGCAAAACUGUAUGCAAAGCAUAAGAUCAUUCUCAAUCAACGAGGAGAGCAAUUUACAAUUUAUGAUGAGCAGCCACCGGAAGUUCCAAAAACGAAGAAAAGAGUAAGGAAAAAAAGUUCGACUAAGAAUCCAAAGAAAAAUGCUAAACAGAAUGUUAAUAGUGAGGAAAUGCAGACUGAAAUUGAUUCAACAGUGCACAGGAACCUAAGUUCAAGCAGUGAUGAUGAAGAUGAUCAAAUUCCAAUGUCUUAUAGUGAGAAACGUGAUUUGGUGCUGGAUAUCAACAAGUUGCCUGGUGACAAAAUUAAGGAAAUAUCCAGAAUAGUCAAAACUUUAGAUCCUAAAUGCUACACAGAGCUGGACAACAAUUUUGAGAUUAGUUUUGCUGAUUGCAAAGUUAAAACUCUUCGAGAACUGCAAAAAAUCACCAAUGCAUUCUUCCGUCCGAAACCUGCACGUGCUGUUCCAUUACCCCGUAAAGAAAAGCUUGAAAAGAACAGAAAACUUGUGCAAGAUCUGAAAAUUGAUCUAAAGCAGCAGAUGAAAGAUUGCGAGACAAAAUUAGCAGAUGUUGAGGAUAGACUGGCUGGAUUUAUACGCAAAAAAGCAACAUCUCCUCAACCGCAGCAAACAGCAGGCAGCUCAACAUCUUCAGGAAGUUCAUCAUCUUCUACGAGUAGUUCGAGUACAUCCAGCAGUGACAGUACAAGUGAUAGUGAAUAUAAAGGAUAAUUCGACCUUUUUUAAACAUUUAAUUUUUUCGCUAAUGAUCAUUACUAACUUAUAACUUUAAUAUCUAUACAUAAUUAAGAUUAUAAGCUAUAGAAAGUACCUGAAUAACCCAUUAAAUAACAUUUUUAUAACUUUUUUACCAUAAACAAUAAAAACAUGCCA